AUGACAGCAAUGCUGAUAUCACACGAGAAUGCAUAUAUUCGUAAGCUAGUCUUACCGCGCCAUGCGUAUCAUCAAGAGGCUUGCAGACGUGCCUUCGGGAGAGACGGUCGUAUGGAGGGGGCGUCCCAUUGUCUCCCAAAGGAUUUUCUUUUCAGACCGUUUGCCUAUGAGGUCACAGGUCAAUUGUUCGAAUAUUCCAAGAACCACGCCCGAGAGCGGAGGCAGACAGUUCAAGGAUGGAAUAUCUCUGGUAUCUGGACACAGACUUGGCAGGAGACCUUAAGUAAAGGCAUCGUGCAUGGCAAGAAAUCGGACGAUCCUAAUCGUGCCAGUCGUCUGAGCAGAAGAGGAAUGACACAAUUGUUUAUGAAGAUUCUGACGACGCAUCUUCCAGAACUUGACCAGGGUUGGGGCACUUAUUGCGACAUCAAGAAUUCUGACGGACACUUGAGGUUGAGAAAGGAGGCUAAGAGUGUCAUGAGAGAUAAGAUCUGCGAAGAUUCAGAUUUCGGAUAUCCUCCUGACAUCUCAGACGCUUUCUCGAACUACAAUCGCUCCUCAUUUGUCCAGUAG